GUUGCAUUGUGAGGUUUGUAGUCCAGUGAGGCCUAAGAACUCUGUGUGUGAACACUCUAAAACGCCGUUCCUUAAAACUCCACAUCCCAGAAAGCAGUCAAAGCGGAACAACAGCUCCCGUGAGGGGGGCGGGACUACAUUUCCCAGCGUGCCGUGCGCUCGCGGAGAGGAACAGGGUUUUUGUUGAGGAGGAAGAGGAAAGAGAAGGGAAGCGGCCCGGCCGGCCGGCGUCUUGCCUUGUCCCUGGGCGGCCUCUGCGCGGAGAGUCGAUGCCGUUGCCGUCCGCUGGGCCUUGGCCGGGGAGGCGAUGGUGCUGCUGCUUCCGCGGCGCAGCUCUCUGACGGGGCUGGCGGUGGGGCUCUUCGCCGUCUACGUGGCUCACACCUGCUGGGUGAUGUACGGCAUCGUCCACACGCGGCCCUGCCUCGCCUCCGACGCCCGCAGGGACGACGGCUGCAUUCGGCCCUACCUGGCCAGGAGGCCCAAGCUCCAGCUAAGUGUUUACACAACCACACGAUCAAAUAUAGGUGCUGAAAAUAAUGUCGAUCUGAUUUUAAAUGUAGAAAAUUUUGAUGUCGAAUCCAAAUUUGAAAGGACAGUUAAUGUAUCUGUACCAAAGAAAACACGAAAUAAUGGCACAUUAUAUGCCUACAUAUUUCUUCAUCAUGCUGGAAUGCUGCCUUGGAAUGAUGGCAAACAAGUGCACAUAGUAAGCCCUCUGACCACAUACAUGAUACCAAAACCUGAAGAAAUUAAUCUUAUCACAGGAGAAUCUAUCACCCAGCAAAUUGAAGCAGAAAAAAAGCAGACUUAUGCCCUAGAUGAGCCCGUGUCACAUUGGAGGUCCAGAUUGACCUUAAAUGUUAUGGUGGAAGAUUUUGUCUUUGAUGGAUCCUCUCUCCCAGCUGAUGUGCACAGAUACAUGAAAAUGGUUCAGUUGGGCAAGACAGUGCAUUAUCUCCCAAUAUUAUUUAUUGAUCAACUGAGUAACAGAGUGAAAGAUUUAAUGAUUAUAAACCGUUCAACAACAGAACUGCCACUUACAGUGUCAUACGAUAAAAUAUCCCUGGGAAAACUCAGAUUUUGGAUCCACAUGCAAGAUGCUGUGUACUCUCUGCAGCAGUUUGGCUUUUCAGAAAAGGAUACUGAUGAAGUCAAGGGAAUUUUUGUGGAUACAAACCUCUAUUUUCUUGCUUUGACAUUUUUUGUAGCAGCUUUUCAUCUUCUCUUUGAUUUCCUUGCAUUCAAAAAUGAUAUCAGCUUCUGGAAAAAAAAGAAGAGCAUGAUUGGCAUGUCCACAAAAGCAGUGCUUUGGCGAUGCUUUAGUACUGUGAUCAUAUUUCUUUUCCUCUUGGAUGAGCAAACAAGCAUGUUGGUGCUGAUUCCAGCUGGUGUUGGGGCAGUGAUUGAGCUUUGGAAAGCGAAGAAAGCAUUGAAAAUGACAAUUGACUGGAAUGGCCUGAUGCCAACUUUUAAGUUUGGUGCAUUUACAGAGUCAGAAAAGAGAACUGAGGAGUAUGAUACCCAGGCCAUGAAAUACUUGUCAUAUUUGUUGUACCCAUUGUGUAUUGGAGGCGCAGUUUAUUCACUGCUUAAUAUCAAAUACAAAAGCUGGUACUCAUGGUUAAUUAACAGCUUUGUCAAUGGAGUAUAUGCUUUUGGAUUUCUAUUUAUGUUGCCACAACUGUUCAUAAAUUAUAAGAUGAAAUCUGUUGCACAUUUGCCAUGGAAGGCAUUUACAUAUAAAGCAUUUAACACUUUCAUUGAUGAUAUUUUUGCAUUUAUCAUCACAAUGCCAACAUCUCAUCGGCUGGCGUGUUUUAGAGAUGAUGUAGUGUUCCUGGUCUACCUUUACCAAAGAUGGCUUUAUCCUGUGGAUAAGAGCAGAGUGAAUGAAUAUGGUGAAUCCUAUGAAGAGAAGCCGAAAAGAAAGCCCCACAAAGAAUAAAUUUAAGAUGACGCUACAAGCCUCUUUGGACUGCUAGAGACUGCCUAUGUGUCUGACUUUUAAAAAGUGAUAAAGCAAAAGAGUAUUCUUCAAGGCUUGUGGCAGAACUCAAUGGACAAUAUAUCAUCUGCAUUGCCAAAAUGUUUUCAUUGCCUAAGGAUCUAUCUUUUAUUGUUAUUAUCAUUUGUGUGUGGUUUGCGGGAGGUCGAGAAGUCUGCCAAUAUUUCUGCCAGGUUUUACACAACUAGUUAACCUUUUCAUUUUCUCUUAAAGUUUCUGCAUAGGUAUUUGUGUCUGUUUUACUUAAUGUCUUAAACCUUCCACCAACAGGCAAUGAAGCAUAUGCAUUUAGAGGCCACUACUUGAGUUAUGUGAAAGAGGAUACUGUGAAUAACUCUAAAAAGGUGAUAGUGGUGUUGGCAGGGAUCAGCCUUUGACUUUCCAACCUUCUAUAAAAAAGUUUUUGUACUCUGUUGGACCAAUCCCUAGGUACAAUCUAGCCAAAGCUAUAAGCUGUUAAAUCUAGUUGAUUUCAACGGAAGAAGAGUGCAGUACCUGUAUAUGCUUAUGCUCUCUUUCAGAAAUCAAGUGGGUUAGAAAAAUGUUUGCUUAGCUAGAUUGUACUCCAUGUUUUAUAUCACAUUCCCUAGUGAGGAUCUCAUUUUUUUAGACCAAGUUUCCAGCUAUAUUUCUCAAUAUGAAAGUAGUUACUGCAGCAAAACUAGGCAUCCUUACUGAAAUAUUAUCAACAUAUAACUACAUGUGCUGUAAAGUGUGUGUAACAAACACUUCUAAGAUGCCACUGGACAUAGCUUCUAACUUUUUAAAAAUGCAUUUUUAACUUGAAGAGGUAAAUCCAACAGAGCACAUGCAGUGAAUAGUAUUCAGUUGUUAUAUUUUUGUACACUGGGUAAAAUACUUUCUUUAGCCCUAGAGAUGGAACUUCUUAAUUCCUCCUAAAUUGGAUCAUUUUUCUAAGGUGAGAGCCAUUACGUUGUAGUCAGAGAUGUCUUUUAAAAGGAUGUAAAUACAUAUUUGCAUGACACAUUAUUGUGCCAACUAUACUUCGGCAGGGAACCUUUUUCUUUCUAUAUCGACAUAAAACAGGGAUGGGGAAAGUGAUUUGAACCAUUAGGUAGACAGAAAGUGGAGGCCUUGUGAUAAAUUUAUAGAUUGUGUCUGAAAUCUCAUGAAAAGGGAAAUUAACUUUCCAAUUGCCUUUUCUUUUCUUUUUUCCGGUACAGGGACGUAACCUUUUAUAACUAUCCUUUUUAUAAAUUCCAAUGCUGUGUUUGUUAAUCAAAUAAUGCCCCUACUUUUUCUGAAACAUAAUUUGUUUUAGGUAUGUUAAGAAUGCAAGUGAAAAAACAUCUUCAUUUAUAUAAUGGCAUGGAAUUGAACAAAACUGCAGUCCUACUGUCCUAUUUUGAGGCAAAUGCCCAUGAAUUCUGUGGGAUUUUUACUACUGGACAGAAAUGUAUGAUGCUGCAGUUUUAACCCCCUCAUCCCAGCUCUUUUGAGCUCUGCAUUACAAACAUAGAUUUUCUGUGCAUGUAAGUGAGGGAGCUCUCUGUGCAUGUUGGACCACUUGCCCACCCCACCCUAACAGAUGACUGGGUGGGGGCUUAGGGCUGCCAUCUUGUGCCCAGCUAUGCAUGCUUAAGCCCAUUGACUUGAAUGAGACUUGAGCAUGUAGCCAAAGGGUUUUUUGCAUUUUAAAUCACUGAGUACACAUGCAUGUUUUCCCCAUUAAUAGUGCCUCAAAAUCCACUUAUGUAUUACUUGUUGUGGGUUAUUAGGAUAGGUUACUAUUAAUGGGUUGGAACUAGACCAGUGUAGUCAAGUCUUAAUCCCAUUCAAAGCAGUUGAAGAAGUUAGUCAUGAUUAACUUGUCCAUUGGGCCAAUGGGUGACAAAUCAAAUAUUCAAUAUCCUAUGUCCAGUCUUUUAAAAAAAAAUUACAAUUUUGGCACCCAAACACUUUUUUUUCUAGUAAGUUUGCUAAUUCUGUAGAGCAAUACUUGAAUUAUUUAGGAGAUGUGAAGCAUGAUCCAUCCAAUACCUCUAGGUUCAGAACCUCUUGGCAGAAAUAUUAAUAUCCCAGGUUUCUUUGUCUGGUUGUUGUUUAAAAGUACAGAGUAUCAGUGCUUAGCAGAAUAAUUUGCAGUGCAAUUAUUCCUUUAAAUGAUCAUGUUUUGUUUAAAAUUUUGAAUGAAGAAUGUAACAUCUUAUUGUCCUGUUGGAGGAGAAAGACCUGGUUAGCCUCUUGUUCAGUCAGUGAUAUUUGUUCCCUUCAGUCUAUGUACAAAUAAACAUUCAUGCCUAUA